CACGUGUCUUGCAUUUUUAGUUUCAGAGUGAUGUAGAUGUAAACACAAGAGAACUAAUUAACCUUAUGCCUUGUUAUACUUUUCAAUUACUUCUAGGAUAUGUUACUUAUGAGCUAAUGAAACAUACGGUGCAGUAGUUCACCGUUAGUAUGUUGGCGCUUAGCCGUGUAACGACAGUAAUAACACGGUGUAAACCAGUAAUUGUAAACCAUUCCCGCCAUCGAUGUCUGUGCACUUCAAGUACGUUGUAUCUGAAAGGUGAACUGAAGAGACGACUAAAGGCUGAACAAAAGGCAAAGGAGAAAGCGGAGAAAGAGAAACAAAAAUCUGAAACACAAGCACCAAAGAAGAAGACUGAUACACAUGCUGCUGCAGAGGAAGAAGUCAGCCCAAAUGAAUACUUCCGUUUAAGAACACAAGCUGUUACACAAUUGAAGCAAAGUGAUGAACAUCCAUAUCCCCACAAAUUUCAUGUUUCUAUAUCCUUAGAAGAGUUUGUAGAAAAAUACAGUGGUGUUAAUGAUGGAGAAAUCUUGGAGAACAUCGAACUUAGUGUUGCAGGACGUGUUCAUGCUAUCAGAGAAUCUGGAGCGAAGUUAAUAUUCUAUGACCUGAGGGGGGAAGGUGUGAAAAUUCAAGUUAUGGCAAAUGCAAAAUUGUAUUCCUCUGAAGAAAAGUUCAUUGAGGAUACAGGUAAAAUAAGACGUGGUGAUAUUGUUGGCUGUGUUGGGUCUCCAGGUAAAACCAAGAAGGGCGAACUCUCAAUAAUACCAAAACAAAUUAAACUGUUGUCCCCAUGUCUUCAUAUGCUGCCACAUCUACACUUUGGUUUAAAGGACAAGGAAACUAGGUUUCGCCAGAGGUAUCUUGAUCUGAUUCUGAAUGAAAAAGUACGUCAGAAGUUUCAUGUACGAGCACAAAUUAUUUCAUAUGUGAGGAGAUUUUUAGAUAAUUUAGGAUUUCUAGAAGUAGAAACUCCAAUGAUGAAUAUGAUUGCUGGUGGUGCAACAGCUAAGCCAUUUGUUACACAUCAUAAUGAACUAAAUAUGGACCUGUACAUGAGGAUUGCACCUGAGCUUUACCUGAAGAUGCUGAUAGUAGGUGGUAUUGACCGUGUUUAUGAAAUUGGAAGGCAGUUUAGAAAUGAAGGUAUUGAUCUAACACACAACCCAGAAUUUACUACAUGUGAAUUCUAUAUGGCUUAUGCAGACUACAAUGAUUUAAUGCUCAUUACUGAGAGCAUGGUAUCAGGUAUGGUUAAAAGUAUUCACGGGUCGUAUAAAGUGACGUAUCAUCCAGAGGGCCCAGAUGGAAAAGCAAUAGAAAUUGACUUUACACCUCCAUUUAAGAGAAUAAGUAUGUUCCCAGCAUUAGAGGAGAAACUAAAUAUAAAAUUACCAGGCCCAGAAACACUUGGAACACCUGAAGCAAAUAAGUUUUUUAGUGACUUGUGUGAAAAGCACGAAGUGGAAUGUGCGCCACCACGAACAACUGCUCGGUUGCUGGACAAGCUGGUUGGAGAAUUCCUUGAAGAAAACAGUAUAAAUCCAACAUUUAUUAUUGACCAUCCUCAAAUAAUGAGUCCUUUAGCCAAAUGGCAUCGAUCUGUUAAAGGAUUAACAGAAAGAUUUGAGUUGUUCGUAGCAACAAAAGAAAUAUGUAAUGCAUACACUGAGCUGAAUGAUCCUAUUGUCCAACGUGAACGAUUUGAGCAACAGGCAAAGGACAAAGCUGCUGGUGAUGAUGAAGCUCAGCUUAUAGAUGAAAACUUCUGCGCAGCACUUGAGUAUGGUUUGCCUCCAACGGCUGGUUGGGGAAUGGGAAUUGACAGAGUUACAAUGUUCUUGACUGAUUCAAACAAUAUAAAGGAAGUUCUGUUCUUCCCAGCUAUGAAACCAGAUGAUCCUAAUAAGGGCAAAGAGAAUGAUGAAAUUAAGAAAUGACCAGGUUCCAUUUUUUGGAAGAUGAACACACAAGGAUGCAGAGUUCCCACUGUUGCGUCUGGAUACGUGUGAAAUCACAUGAAGAUACUCAUGUUGUGGGGUGUGCAAUUUCUGCUUAAAUUCAGUGACAGUUGUUGACCACAAAUCCCCAUUGGCAAGACUAUUUUGACACAUGCAAUUUUAUGUUUUAUUGUGCUGCUGCCCUGGCCAUGGCAAGCCAGUAAUUGAAUAUGAGAAUGUGUGAGAAAAAUACAGAGCGUAUUUUUAAGAGGCAGAAGUAAUGAAACUCAGUUGUUGAAUAAUGUUUAAGGAAGCCCUAGGUAUCCUACCUUUAGCACUGUUUUUUCUACAGUGUUAAGGGGACAGUUUCUGAUUUUAUUUAUUUUUAGUUUCCUAAUUAUCAUGUUGGAGGCUUCAGUUGGAAAGGAAUGCAAUUGAUGCAAGUGAAUUUUGUAAAAUUUUAGAAAACAAUGUAAGGUGUGAAUCUUUCUUCAUUGCCCAAGUUAAAUGGAUUGACGUGUGUGUGUGAGAGAGAGAGAGAGAGAGAGGGAGAUAUGAAAGUAACUAAUUAUUUGCCUUAUGCUGCAAGUGUCAUCGAAACACACAGCAGUGUGUUGUGCAUGCUUCCUGUCACUUUGAAGAAAGAGAGCACGGUUUUAUCUUGUUGUUAAGAACAGUGCUCACUGUUUUUUACUUACCAUAAUAAUGUUUUGCUACUUGCCAGGCAGCAGCAAAUUCUUGUUGAUGGAACUGUAGCUUUUUCGUAUUGAAAAAGAAAGUGGUCAAUCUAUGUCAAAAUCAUCCAGAAUCAGAGGAAACCUAAUUGGAAACAGCAAAGAAAUAACUUUUCAAUCUCA